AUGGUUCUGGUGUUGGAAGCGUACAGAGAGAAUCAGAGCUACAUUGGAGCAUCGGAAAAGAUUGAGGAAACGAAGAAAUCAUUUGGAUAUUCUACCUAUUAUGGUCUGGUGUUCGGGGUGGUUCUGGAAGUCAUAAGGAAUUCUCUUCGCCACUUCAAGAAGCCCCCAAUGCCAUUCUACGUCCCAACAAUUGGAUCCGUUAUGUCUCUGGUACUAAGUAUUGUUACUGUAAUAGUUGGAAACGUGGAUGACGCAGACUGGUUCAAACAAAUCGCCAUCGGAUUCAUUUACGGAAAGACGAUUGAGGUGACACUGUCUCGCUACACCAUCUGGAAUGGCUCUGCACAGGCUAUUGGAGCAUACAUUGCACUGCAUUUCGCCGUCCGAAUGGCAAUGAUCAUCGAAAACGCUGGAUUUGCAAACAGUGUGCAAUUGAUUCGGAUUACGAGAUACACGAUGACUGCUAUUGCUCUUUUCUGCGGAUAUCAGUUGGCAGCAGAAUCGGAAAAGUUGCAACGAGAGGUGUUUGUAAAAGAAGAUCAACGACACCGAGAAUAG